GAAAAAAAUAACACGCCACCGCAGCUAUAAAACCCUGCGCCUCCACCGGCGGCUCACCAAACUCCGUUUCGAAUUCUAGGGUUUUGCUUCUCUCCCGUUCUCUGAAGACCGCAUCGCCGCAUCAGGUGCAGUUCCUGGUGUGCAACCGUAAUGGCGCUGCCAAACCAAGGGACUGUCGAUUACCCCAGCUUCAAGCUCGUCAUCGUUGGCGAUGGCGGAACGGGUAAAACCACAUUCGUGAAGAGGCAUCUCACUGGAGAGUUUGAGAAGAAAUAUGAACCAACCAUUGGUGUGGAAGUUCAUCCAUUGGAUUUCACUACUAACUGUGGUAAGAUCCGUUUCUACUGCUGGGAUACAGCUGGGCAAGAGAAGUUUGGUGGCCUCAGGGAUGGAUACUAUAUCCAUGGCCAGUGUGCGAUCAUUAUGUUUGAUGUAACCUCAAGGUUGACUUACAAGAACGUUCCUACAUGGCAUAGGGACCUGUGCAGGGUGUGUGAAAACAUCCCCAUUGUCCUGUGUGGUAACAAGGUUGACGUGAAGAACAGGCAGGUGAAGGCCAAGCAGGUCACCUUCCACAGGAAGAAGAACCUGCAGUACUAUGAAAUUUCUGCCAAGAGCAACUACAACUUUGAGAAGCCUUUCCUUUACCUUGCAAGGAAGUUGGCUGGGGAUCCAAACCUUCACUUUGUCGAAGCCGUUGCUCUUAAGCCUCCGGAAGUUACCAUUGACAUGGCCAUGCAGCAACAGCAUGAAGCUGAGCUUGCUCAAGCUGCAGCACAACCUCUUCCUGAUGACGAUGACGAUCUCAUUGAGUAGAAAGUGGAUCAUGAGUCUCAGACUUGAGCAGACCGAGUUGUACCUUGCAUAAGAGUUGUCUUGGGGUGAACUCUCUCUAGAGUUAGCGUUGUCUGAAUCUGCUGGAUCGUUUCCCGUCUCUCCGGACGUGUUGCUACUUUUGAAUGUGUGGAAAUCGAUGGAACAUGCCGCCAUGAAUUUGCUGGCUCCUUCAUGCAUUGCUUUGUAACUCUGGUACUCUGGUUGUUGAUGGUAAACUUUGUUGUGGCAGCCUGCUUUCUACUGUCUCGAUUAUCUAUUUA